AUGGACUCGCGAACCUCGUCUGUGCCGCCUCAGGAUGCCGCAAGAAGCGUCGCCUCUUCCCAUGGGGACAAGCGAGUCGACAAUGACCGUGAAGCCAGCAGUGAUGAGUCCCAAGGCGUACACUUAGCUGAAACGACAGUCGAGACCCCUCAUGGUCAAAGCCACCCCCAACGACAGCUCAUCCAAGACAGGGUCGACGUCCAAAGGCAACGCUAUCGUCGAUUCCAACAGAGCCCCUUUCAAAAAUCCUACGUCCCCAGUCUCCGCUUUUCAUCGAUCAUCCUUAUCGCCCUUGUCAUCCUAUACAACCUCUUCGGCCUCGGGCGAAACCCCUCUCUACCGACGUUGUUCAAUUCACAGAAUCUGGUAGAACCUAUCCUCCUCCACCACCUACGCACACCAUGGACAGGUAACAUAGACCCCCUCAACGUUCAAACUUUCGGCUGUCAUUACAACAUCGCCAUUCCCCUGUUUGGCUUCGGCAUCUCUUUCUUUUACCUCUACCGACACCUCAUCACCUAUCCCGAACUCUUUGGCAUUGCCCACUAUGGUUUCCGAAUCACCGGAGCUGUGAUGGGGGCCCUCUUGGGAGCUGGAACAUUGUGGCUGGCGGGGCGGAAGGGUUUAAGGAUGUUGGCCAACCGGGAUUUGCAUCAACAUGCCGGUAGCGGCUUGGAUGGCCGCAAGGGAUGUCGGUGGGCUUCCUUCUGA